AUGAUGAGUAAUUUAAAAUGGGGGAGACGGCAUCUGGCUACAAAUGUUGCCACCACGCUUAAAAACAUUCAGACUGGUGUGAUUUUAUCAAGAAUCCCGCAAGUCACACCCGAGGUGACAGAUUUUGAGCAAAAAUUUUACAAAUAUCAAGAUGAACUGGAAAGAAGACUCAUGUGGACUUUUCCAAGAUGGUUCUAUUUCAAAAAGGGUACUGUUGCCGAGCGAGAGUUUUCCCAAGCUCAAAAAUAUCCAUUGCCAGCAAGAGAUGGUGUGUGGUUCCCAAAAGGAAAGCCGGAAAUUAGACACGGCAGAGACAGAAGAUUGAAAGAAACCAUUGUGCUUCCCAAGGCCGAGGGGCAUGGUAAACAGGGCGAAUCGUCUGCAACGCAGGGAGAAAAUUUGGAUGACGCUAGCAGGCCCAUCAAAGCGUUGCCUAGAAUCACGGAAGCCGAUAAAAACAACGAUCAACAUUCUUUAGAGAGAAAACUAUCAAGAACCCUAUACCUACUUGUCAGACAGAACAAUAUGUGGAAGUUCCCAGCUUUUGUGGUCCCUGACGACUCCAAACCGUUACAUACGGUUGCAGAAGAAGGUCUUAAGAAUUUGGGAGGAGAAAAACUUAAUGUCUGGACUGUUUCCCGGACCCCUACAGCAUUAUUGAAGUUUUCGAAUGGCAAGAUUGUUCAUGAUUUACCUCAAGAUGGUAUUCGAGAAUAUUUAAUCAAAUCUCACAUCGUUGCAGGAGAAUUCCAAUUAAACAAAACUGAUGGCUGCGAAGAAUACAAGUGGCUCACAAAAGAGGAAAUUCAGCAACUGGCAGACCCUGCUUACUUUGAGAAAAUUGAGUGUCUGCUCUCUAAAGUGUGA